GUAGUUCGCGCGGACUACCGAAAUCGCAUCUUCUUCCCCAGGGAGCCGCGAAGACAGGCAUGCGUAUUACGCACUGCCACAUUUUAGUAUUCCCAUCAUAGAAGUCCACUAUCCUCGGCAGCUGUAUAAACACUCUCCGCAGAAUCCGCUCAUUUCUCUUGGAUCUUCGGCGGAUCGAAAGAAGCGCGAAAAGAGCUCAGUAAAACCGAGGAUUCUUGGAGGAAGUUGGUUUUGUCCAUAUGAUCAUUUCGGACAUCGAGAAAGUUGAAUCUUGAAGAUCCAUCAAGUAUUGGAGGUUUGGUGAAGGCUUUUGUCAUAUAGCCAUUUAUAGCUUAUGAUAUGAUACGUUGAUGAAUAUUUGAUCAUACAGUUGGGACUGAUAAACGGAGUCGAUGGCAGAAGUGGUUGUGUCUGCACCUGGGAAGGUUUUGUUGACUGGUGGGUACUUGAUUUUAGAGAGACCAAAUGCAGGAAUUGUUCUUAGCACGACAGCUCGUUUUUAUGCAAUCGUGAGGCCAUUAUAUGAAGCUAUUGAUCCCAAUAGCUGGGCAUGGGGACUCUAGCAACCCUUUCGUGGAACAAGCAGUCCAAUAUUCUGUAGCAGCUGCACACUCAAUAUACGGCAAGGGUAAGAAGGAUGGGUUACACAAACUACUGUUGCAAGGUCUUGAUAUCACAGUCUUAGGCUGCAACGAUUUCUACUCAUACCGGAAUCAGAUUGAAGCACGUGGACUUCCUUUGGCACCGGAUGUGUUGGCUUUAAUUCCACCCUUCUCAUCAAUUACCUUUAACACAGAGGGGUCCUCUGGAACAAUUGCUGGAGAGAAGUGCAAACCAGAGGUUGCAAAAACUGGACUCGGCUCGUCGGCAGCAAUGACCACUGCAGUGGUUGCAGCUGUACUUCAUUACCUUGGAGCUGUUAAUCUCUCAUUUACAGCUAAGAAUCUGCAUGAAACAUUGUCCAGUUCAGAUCUUGAUUUGGUGCAUGUUGUAGCUCAAACCGCUCAUUGUAUAGCACAAGGGAAAGUGGGUAGUGGCUUUGAUGUCAGUGCUGCUGUGUAUGGAAGUCAACACUAUAUUCGCUUUUCUCCUGCAGUUCUCUCUUCUGCUCAGGUCGCAGUGAAAGGACAGCCACUAGAAGGGGUCAUUACUCGUAUCCUGGAAGAGAAGUGGGAUCAUGAGAAGAUUAAGUUUUCAUUACCACCGUUAAUGACACUGCUAUUAGGGGAACCUGGAACUGGAGGAUCAUCCACACCAUCAAUGGUAGGUGCUGUGAAGCAAUGGCAAACAUCCGAUCCUCAAAAAUCCCUUGAAACAUGGAGAAGAUUGGCAGAAGCAAAUUCAUUGCUUGAAAUGCAACUGAAAGCCUUGGGUACUUUUGCACAUGAGAAGUUGGAGGCAUACAAACUUGUCAUUGGGAACUGCAGUAGUCACAGAUAUGAAAAGUGGUUGGAGCAAGCUGUGGACCCAUACCAGGAAGCAGUUAUAAAAUCAUUAAUCGGUGCAAGAGAUGCUAUGCUUGAGAUCAGAUUUCAUAUGCAACAGAUGGGUCAGGCAGCGGGCAUUCCGAUAGAGCCUGAAUCACAAACUCGGCUUCUGGAUGCCACAAUGAAUAUGGAAGGAGUUCUACUGGCUGGAGUUCCUGGAGCUGGUGGCUUUGACGCGAUUUUUGCCGUCACCUUGGGAGAUUCCAGCAGCAAAGUAAUGAAAGCUUGGAGUUCGCUCAGUGUUUUGCCCAUGCUGGUUAGAGAAGACCCUCGGGGUGUUUGCUUAGAGAGCAGUGAUCCACGGGCCAAUGAAAUCUCGUCCAGUAUUUCUUCAAUGCAUAUUUAGUGGGCCUUUCAUUGAUAGAAUUAUCUUCAUUGAUGGUAGGAUUAGCUGAAGAACUCAAGGUGAAAAACCACUAGUAAACAUGAAUUUUAUUUGGAGGGAGCUUGACAUUUGAAUGCAAGCGAUCCUAUGGGUGAAGUUAGAAAAUCUCACCCAUCGAUUAGAGAAACAGGUCCUGUGAUUGUUGGACUGUUUUACAAUUUACAAAAUAAUUACUGUGGUGCUUCUCAUGCGAUGGAGGUUUUAUACAUUCAGUUUUCAGUAGUUGCAGAAUCAAA